AUGUAUCAACUACGAGGUUCAUUGGACGUUAAAGUUGGCCUUGCUCACAAGAGGUCAGACUUCAUUGUGGAACAGGCCCGUGUAUGGAUUUUCACGACCCGCUGCCUCCUCGAGCUUUUAACAGACACCACAAUCAAGGGAUUUGCGUACAGACCGUCUCUUAUCGUAUUUAGGGAUCUUGAAAUCCUCAACGGGACGUAUGAGAUAGCCCUCUCAUACCUCCUUCUGGCCUUGCAGUCCCAUCCCGUCCGUCUAGUAGGUCUAGCGUCGUCUCUUAAUGAUAUCGAUGCACUAUCACAGUGGUUGAAUGUCUCAGAGGAUGGCCAGUUCAUGCUUUCCCCUGCGGAACGGGAUCAAGCAAUUGCCACCACAUCCCAGACAUUCACCAUCCCUUACUCGGCCGCUCUCAUGAGGGCAAUGGCUAAACCACUCUACGAUCGAAUCCAGGCGACCCCAAUACAUGAAAAUGUAUUGGUGUUUGUGCCAUCAACAUCGCAGUGUAAUGCAAUCAUCUCGGAUUUGUUAACUCAAUGUGCCCUCGCCAUGAAUAUGCGAGGUUUCAUUGGUGAAGCUGUAUCGCAAGAUGCGCUCGGGUUAUAUACUAAUCAAUUCAGAAACAGGGGCAUGGUAGAUGGAAUCACGAAGGGACUUGCGAUGUGGCAUGAUAGAAUGGAUCCCAAUGACAAGUUGCUUGCAUUGCGCUUGUUUAUGGAGGGCGUGGUGCGGGUCCUGAUCGUACCUCGGGAGGUAUGUUGGAAUAUUCCCGUGCGAGCUGGUUUAGUCAUCGUUAUGGGAACCCAAUACACGACUGGCACACCAAGUGCCACUACGGACCCUCUUAGAACUUCCGAGCGACGCGUAGUCGAGUAUUCGUUACACGAACUCGUACGUAUGCAAGGAAGGGCCGUUCGUUACGGGAAAACCGGCCAUUUCCACAUCAUGUGCCAAUCUGAACAUCGUGACUCCUAUAUGCGCUUCCUCACAGGUGGCUUACCACUAGAGUCCCAGUUGAUUGGCGAAGAGGAUAACGAGGAAAGUCCGAUAUCUCAAGCAAUUCGAGACUGGGUAGAAAGGCAGAUAAAAACCGGGAAUCUCAAGUCAAAACAGGACCUUUUAGAUUUCCUUACGUCCACAUUUCUCGCAUACAGACUCGAGAAAAACCCAACCUAUUACGAUCUGGAAGAUGACAGGGCUAAUUUUCUCUCUAGGCUGGUCGACUCCUUAUGGACGGCCUCUGAUUGA